GGUGAGGCAGAGACAGUGGCCAACCGUAAGUGGGUGGUUUCUGUUGGUGACAGCAGCAGCUUUAUUAACAACAUUAUCAUCAUCAUCAUCGUCAGCAGUAGCGGCAGCAGCUCGAUCCAGUCGAGGUCAUGGAACGCCCGGCGCGUUUUAAAUUUUAACGGCCGGCCCCGCGCGCGCCGCCGAGCGGCCAGAGGAAGUCCAGGGCUGGUGGACUGACCGAGCACCGGGGCGGCGUCACCGCCACCGCGGUCGUGGUCGUAGCCGCCGGCGUGGAGGCCGAGGGGACGGACGAAGGGUUUUGGGCCCCAGCCAUGGACGAACACCCGGGAGCCGGGGUGUUCUUCGGCAAUAACUCAGUGCUGAGCGGAGGAGGAGGAGGCCCGGGGAUCGGGAGCAGGAACCUGCAGCCGGCGCAGCAACCGGGGCCCGAGGGGGAAGCUCAGAGGCCGCAGUACAACAUUCCGGGGAUCCUGCACUUCCUGCAGCACGAGUGGGCCCGCUUCGAAAUAGAGAGGACGCAGUGGGAGGUGGACAGGGCCGAGUUGCAGGCACAGAUCUCAUUCUUGCAAGGAGAGAGAAAAGGCCAGGAGAACCUGAAGAAGGAUUUGGUUAGAAGAAUUAAAAUGCUUGAAUAUGCUUUAAAACAGGAAAGAGCUAAACACCAUAGAUUGAAAUACGGAACAGAGUUAAAUCAAGGGGAUAUGAAGCCUCCAAAUUAUGACUCUGAUGAAGGGAAUGAAAAUGAAAUACAGACAACACAAAAUAAUCAAUUAACGUGGAAGCAAGGGCGACAGCUCCUUCGUCAAUACCUACAGGAGGUGGGUUAUACAGACACCAUAAUAGAUGUGAAGUCAAAACGAGCACGGGCACUUCUUGGCCUCUCUAGUGAUCUAGAUAAAUUAUCAGAAAACAAAAAUUUGGAGCCUGUUGUAAAUGGUGGAGAAACUGUAAUAAAAGGAACAAACAUGAUUGGAAAUUCCGGAGAGAAGGUUAAACCACUUUCAACGGAUUCGGCAGAUGUGCUGGAAACAUUGAAUUUCCUGGAAAAUGCUGCAGCAGAAUUUAGUGAUGAAGAUGAAGAUGAUGAAAAUGAUGGAAAGGAGAGGACAGUUAGCGAUAGUUCGUUUGUUAACAAAGGAGUGUCUUCUGAUCCAGUGGAGGAUAUGGAUACUGAGGAAGCACUACGAGAGUUUGAUUUUUUGGGAACAUCAGAAGAGGAAGGUGCAGGAGAGUUGAGAAGUACAGGCAGUGGAGCAGAAUGGGACAAGGAAGAUGUAUGUCCCACAUCAGAGAGCUGGGACGUGGACCAGGGACUAAUAACCAAACUCAAGGAGCAGUACAAAAAGGAGCGAAAGGGGAAAAAGGGGGUGAAGAGGCCAAAUAGAUCAAAGUUACAAGAUAUGUUGGCUACUUUAAGAGACGUGGAUGAGCUCCCUCCAUUGCAGUCUUCAGUAAACUCUCCACCCAGGCCAACUGCCACACGCCUGACUGAGCAUGAAGCUGGCAGAACAGAAGAAGUUGAGGCAUUGACCUUUCCUCCGGGAGCAGGAAAAUCCUUUAUCAUGGGUACAAGUGAAGCACUGGAGAAUGCAUUGGGUCUUGGAGAGUUGGCGGGUCUUACAGUUGCUAAUGAGGCAGAUCCUCUAAAUUAUGAUAUCACUAAUAAUAAGGAUGCAUUAAGGAAGACUUGGAAUCCUAAAUUCACGUUACGGAGCCACUUUGAUGGAAUAAGAGGCUUGGCAUUUCAUCCAGUUGAACCUGUUUUGGUAACUGCCUCAGAAGAUCACACUGUGAAGUUGUGGAAUUUACAAAAGACUGCUCCAGCAAAGAAGAGUACUUCAUUGGAUGUAGAACCCAUAUAUACGUUCAGAGCUCACAGAGGCCCAGUACUAUGUGUUGUGAUGAGCACUAAUGGCGAGCAAUGUUUCAGUGGAGGUACUGAUGGGUUAAUCCAGUGCUGGAAUGCUCCCAAUCCUAACAUUGAUCCUUACGAUUCAUAUGAUCCAUCUGUGCUACGAGGUGCUUUGGAAGGUCACAGUGAUGCAGUUUGGGGUUUGGUGUACAGUGCAACACAUCAACGUUUACUGUCAUGUUCAGCUGAUGGUACUCUACGGCUGUGGAACGCCACUGAAAUAGCACCCUCGCUUUGCAUAAUUAAUGAAAACCGAGAGUCUGGAAUCCCUACCUCUGUUGACGUAGUCUGCAGCGAUCCUUCUCAUUUGGUGUCCUCUUUUGUGAAUGGGCAGACGAGCAUUUUUGACAUGGAGACAUGUCAGCGAUUCCUCACCUUUGAAUCCAAUACUGAUGCUUCUUCUACAUGUCAGAUUAAUAAGGUCAUUAGUCAUCCUACACUUCCGGUUACUAUCACAGCCCAUGAGGACCGACACAUAAAAUUUUUUGACAAUAACACAGGAAAAGUUCUUCAUUCAAUGGUAGCCCAUUUGGAUGCUGUCACAAGUUUAGCUGUAGAUCCAAAUGGCUUGUAUUUGAUGUCUGGCAGUCAUGACUCUUCAAUUCGUUUGUGGAGCCUUGAGACGAAGACAUGUAUUCAGGAAUUCACUGCACAUCGUAAAAAGUUUGAUGAAUCCAUCCAUGAUGUGGCAUUCCAUCCUUCCAAAUGUUACAUUGCCAGUGCUGGGGCUGAUGCAUUGGCUAAAGUAUUUGUAUGACAGUUUUCUGUAUGACUAUUUUCAACCCUCUAUUAUCAAUUAGUGUCUAUGACACUGCCAGACAUAGGGAUAUCCUUUACUGCCUAGCAAUCCUGACACUUGGGUUGCAGAGUCUACAGUUCUGAAACACUUGUAUUUUCUGCAAGUUUUUUUUUCAUUUGGUUUGUUCAGGCUGCUCUGAGUCCAACUGUGCUAAGGUCUGAGGGAUUUGCUGUUCAGUUCUUAAGUUAAUUUCUGUAAUCUGGGGCUGCUCUGUUUAUCCAGGCAGGCCUGGAUAAAGUUGGGAUAGGGUAUAUUUCCUGCUUUUAGAGAAAUAAAAAUACAUCUGGCAACAUCUGUAAGAAAGGCAAAGUCUGUUUCCUGUGCUCGACAGCUAAAUUGUUUGAGGUAACAUGGAAUGUUGAUAGUGUACAGCCAAGCUGCAGCCAGUGCAGCAACUCCAGGUUAAAGGGAGGUGUAGAAAGUCCAACAUUAGAGUAUUUUCGAAGACAAGAUGCCAAACAUUUGCUAAACAAAAGGAGACCUCUUAAACAAUUGUACAAUAAAAGCUGAAUGUUUACAUAUGGGAUAUAAUAUCUGUAGUCUAUUAUUGUUCUAGCUGCCUGAUUGUAUUAGACUUGUGCCAGCAGUGUGAUCUGUGAACAUGUUUCUUCUUAAAGACAGUUUUAAAAGUUUUUAAGGUAAAUUUGGAUUGUCAGUAAAUUUAAGCAACACUUCGUUCAGAAUUGUGUAUGAAUAUACGUUCAAAGUAUUGUUUAGCACUUACAUAAACACUGACAUUUUUAAAUACAGCUAUAAACAGGUAUGCUUUAUUUUAAAACACAAUGGUGGACUUUUGCCUUUAAAAACAAACUUUAAUUCUUUAACAUUGGGUAUUUGAAUGUCUAGUGCUCUCACAAAAUGUGUUUUAAUUUCAGAUCGCCUGAAGACUACAUAUUGUAAACAUGGCAGUGUUUAAUGGUAUUAUAGUGUUGGGGCAUUUUAUUUUUGGGUAUUUUUGUAAUAAAACUUGGCAUUAACACUUCCUUGGACUGGUAAGUACUUGAUGGGUGAUGGUAUGGGGAAUUGAAUAUAGUGCUGCACUAUUUUGCUAAGAGAUUUUACUGAUUGAAUUUUCAAGUGCCAUGCCAUUUGUUUUCAAUGGUGUGUCAGAUGCAAUGAAGAUUGCUGGGUAUAAGAGCAAGUUAAUUUUAUGGCAAAGAUUAAUUUGCACUGGAGGUUAAAAUUGGUAUUAAUUGAAAUAACCAGUUCCUUACUCUUUGGAGCAAAAAAGAGUUUAACCAUUGAAAAUAUUUGACAUUGACCAAGAUGUGCACCUGUUUGCUUUUCAAAUUGGGAAUCCUACUUUAAAGUUAGAAUGCUAAAAUCUCCCAUUUCCUGGUCCAGUAGCCAACUAUUCCAGAGGGGAAAUAAGAUUUUUUGAAAUUAAUACGUGUACAUAUAAAGUAUCUCAAAGUGGAUCAUGUUUAAUACUGACCGUGGUUUGUAUUUGAAAGUAGGGAUGCUAAUGAGGUGAGUGUAUGAGAGUUUGAUACGUGUAUGGGGCACGUUUUCUUUAUCUACCUACAUUUUUUAAGAGUGAUCAUGUUUAGAUGGAACUGUAUAGAAGAGGCUUCUAAGCAUCAUGAUUAUUUGAGUUCUACUAAAAACUAAUUUUCUUGUAAAAAGUUGAUUGUUAUUCUAUGAUGUACCCAUCUCUCAUCUGAAAUGAAAAGUGACUGAUAGAUUUAUUGGUAAUAAAAAUCCCAUCUUUCAGAAAUUAAUGCAUUUGCAGUGUGUAAAUUUAGUUGAGGCUUCUGAUCUGUCACUGUUAACUCUGAAAUUGCAACAAAACAGUAAGUGACUUUAUAACAAUGACUCGACAUUUUAAAACAAUGGAUUUUGAGUGUAUAACUUCUGUUAUUAAAUCAGUUGUCUCAAGUAAAUUUUAUGGUAAUGUGUGAUAUGAGUAACAUCAAGUAUUCACCUAAUCAAAUUAACGAUCUACUGAAGUUUUUCAUUGGGAACCCAUGAGUUCUUCAUUUAAUUGAUUCCCUUUGAUAACUGUCUCUCCUUCCUUUUACUGGCGUUGUGAACAUGAUCUAAACAGUCGAACAAGAUUUGUUAUUUUAUUUUUGGCUGGUCUUGCAAAGAUAUUUCUCGUUCCUUCCUUAUGUAACCGAUAUCCACCCAAUUAUUAAUGAAAUUCACUGGCCAGCUUUUUUAAUACUGUUCAUUUAUAUGGUGACAGAAUUUCACAGUCCCAUCUCCACCUGUAACUAAAUGUCCCCACUUGGACUAUUUGGGUGCACUUCUUGCAACUACAGGAAGAACAAUUAUCUGACUUUCAGAGAGAAGACUCUACUCAGCUGGAUUUCUUAUCUAAAUACAAAGUGUUUUUUCAUGAGUUGAGAUCUGUUAGCCUCUACAAAUAUAUUGUCAUCCUGUCCAUAAUAAAGUUAUUUUAUCAUUU